AUGGCAAUUCCUUUUGAACUGAUUUUUCUGAUAUUCCUAGUAACGAUUUUCACUUGCACAGUUCUGUCAUGGGCUUUCGUAAUCUUACGCCUACUACUAGGUUCCUGCUGCCAGAUGGCUCCUCCUGAAGGACGUCGACAGCCACCCCAAGACAUCGAAACCGGGCCACGGGGCAACCCGCAGCCGCCCGUGUCUCGACCAAUGCUGCUGUUCCCGUUCCAAGCCCGAGUUCCCAGGACUGCCCUGCUUUCCAGGAGUACCGUUCUUGUUGUAUACAACAUGAAUACUCAAGAAACAGGGGAUCAAAACUACGAUGUUUGUGCUAUCUGCCUUGAAAAGUUCCACGACAGGGAUCAAUGUCGGGUUCUUUCCAGCUGUAAACACGUUUACCAUAAAUUUUGCAUCGAGCGGUGGCUGGCGGAGGCUCAGACUUGCCCGGUUUGCCGUCUUUAUUUAUAA